AUAUAAGUACGAGUAUCUGUGGGACGACAUUCUCUAUCCCACAGGAAUUCAGUCAUGGCGGUUGGAAAGGAAGGGGCGGAGAUAGUGAAGGCGCGCACGGACAAUAGGGAGUACAGGAGGAUCGUCCUCAAGAACUCCCUCGAGGUCCUCCUCAUCAGCGAUCCCGACACUGACAAGUGUGCUGCUUCCAUGGAUGUGGGCGUGGGCUCUUUCAGCGACCCCAAAGGCCUCGAGGGACUCGCCCAUUUUCUCGAGCAUAUGCUGUUUUUUGCUAGUGAGAAAUACCCAGUGGAAGAUAGUUACUCCAAGUACAUUACAGAGCACGGUGGCAGAACAAAUGCUUUUACAGCUUCAGAGCACACCAACUAUCAUUUUGAUGUUAACACUGAUUGUUUUGAAGAGGCUUUGGACAGAUUUGCUCAGUUCUUUAUUAAACCUUUAAUGUCAGCUGAUGCUACCAUGAGGGAAAUUAAAGCCGUUGAUUCUGAGAAUCAGAAAAACUUGUUGUCUGAUGGUUGGAGAAUGAUCCAGCUUCAGAAACAUUUAAGUAUGGAGGGUCAUCCAUAUCAUAAAUUCGGCACAGGGAAUUGGGAUACCUUGGAGGUUAGACCAAAAGCACGAGGAGUUGAUACAAGACAUGAGCUUAUCAAAUUCUACGAUGAAAAUUAUUCUGCCAACCUUAUGCAUCUGGUUGUAUAUGCUAAAGAAAAUCUUGAUAAAAUACAAAACCUGGUGGAGGACAAGUUCCAGGACAUUCGAAAUACUGAUCGAAGUUCUUUACAUUGUCCUGGUCAGCCUUGUGCAUUGGAACAUUUACAGAUUCUUGUCAGAACUGUCCCAAUAAAAGAAGGUCAUAAAUUGAGAAUUAUAUGGCCAAUAACUCCGGAGAUUCACCAUUACAAGGAAGGGCCAUGCAGGUACCUUGGUCAUCUUAUUGGCCAUGAAGGAGAAGGAUCUUUGUUUUACAUCUUGAAAGCAUUGGGAUGGGCCACAGGAUUGUCUGCAGGUGAAACAGAUUGGGCUUUGGAGUUUUCAUUUUUCAAAGUAGUAAUUGAUCUUACUGAUGCUGGUCAUGAGUACAUGCAAGAUAUUAUUGGAUUGCUAUUCAAAUAUAUUCACCUUCUACAGCAGUCCGGCAUUUGCAAAUGGAUAUUUGAUGAGCUUUCAGCUGUUUGUGAGACAAAGUUUCAUUAUCAAGACAAAAUUCCUCCUGUAGAUUAUGCGGUCAAUGUUGCAUCAAAUAUGCAGAUAUAUCCCUCACAAGAUUGGCUGGUGGGUUCAUCCUUGCCUUCUAUAUUCAGUCCAGGCACUGUUCAGAGGGUACUAGAGGAGCUCUCUAUGGACAAUGUCCGAAUCUUUUGGGAAUCAAAAAAAUUUGAAGGUCAUACCGACAAAGUUGAGCCAUGGUAUGGAACUGCAUAUGUCGUUGAAAAAAUUACUGGCUCCAUGAUUCAGGAAUGGAUACUAUGUGCGCCUAAUGAAAAUCUGCAUUUACCAGCACCCAAUGUGUUCAUUUGCACUGAUCUUUCACUUAAGAGCGCCCAAGAGAAUCAUGCUGGCAACUCCCCUGAAGCAGAAGUUCUGGGUGAUAUUUUUACACGGUUAUUAAUGGAUUACUUGAAUGAAUAUGGUAAGAAGUUGAUGUUUAUAAUGUAAUUUGAACCAAAAGGGAGUUCUGAUUCUUGUUUGUUUGUGACUCUGGUUGGUUACAAUCACAAACUGAGGAAUUUAUUGGAAGCUGUAGUGGAAAAAAUUGCAAGUUUCAAAGUAAAACCUGACAGGUUUUCCGUGAUAAAGGAAAUGGUGAUGAAGGAGUACCAAAAUUUCAAGUUCCAACAACCCUAUCAGCAGGCUAUGUACUAUUGCUCUUUAAUACUGCAAGACCGCACAUGGCCUUGGAUGGAAGAACUUGAGGUUCUUCCUCAUCUUGAAGCUGAAGAUCUUGCAAAAUUUGCUCCAGUGAUGCUCUCAAGGGCAUUCCUUGAGUGUUACAUAGCAGGAAACAUUGAAACCAGUGAAGCAGAAUCGAUGAUCCAGCAUAUUGAAGAUGUUUUCUUUCAUGGUCCAAACUCUGUAUGCCAGCCUUUAUUCCCAUCCCAACAUGUGACAAAUAGAGUUGUUAAACUGGAAAGGGGCAUGAGUUACUUCUACCCUGUGGAAGGCCUUAAUCCAAAUGAUGAGAAUUCUGCCCUUGUCCACUAUAUUCAGGUUCACCGUGAUGAUUUUGUGCUGAAUGUGAAGCUUCAGCUUUUUGCCCUCAUUGCGAAGGAACCAACCUUCCACCAGCUUAGAUCAGUUGAGCAGCUUGGGUACAUUACUGUGCUCUUGCAGAGGAAUGAUUCUGGUGUCCGUGGAGUGCAGUUUAUCAUCCAGUCCACAGUGAAGGGUCCAGGAAAUAUUGAUUCAAGAGUUGAGGCACUUCUCAAGACAUUUGAGAGUAAACUUUAUGAGAUGACCAGUGAUGAAUUCAAGAGCAAUGUGAAUGCAUUAAUCGAUAUGAAGCUUGAGAAGCACAAGAACUUAAGGGAAGAAUCUGGAUUUUUCUGGCGAGAGAUUUAUGAUGGGACCCUCAAGUUUGAAAGGAGAGAAUCUGAGGUUGCAGCAUUAAGACGGAUAGAAAAACAAGAAUUGGUCGACUUUUUCAAUGAAUAUAUAAAAGUUGGGGCAGCCCAGAAGAGGACAUUAAGUGUGGGAGUGUAUGGAAACCGACAUAGUUCGGAGUACACGGCAGAUAAAAGUGAACCACAGCGCUACUCCAUGCAAAUAGGUGAUAUAUUCAGUUUCAGAAGGUCACAGCCUCUUUAUGGUUCAUUCAGAGGCGUCGCUGGUCAUGUGAAAUUAUAGAGAGUUGAGCUUUCACCACAGUUAGCAAAGAAACACAACUUCUGCCAUCUCAGUAAGGCCGAAGUAGUGGAAGAAUGUUGGAACAAUUAUUUUGAAAAUCAAUCGCAAAACAUGGACAGGAAGGAGAAAAACGAAAUCAUAAAAUAUUUGCCAUCUCGUUUUAACCAAAUGAAUUGCACUUAUUCAAAGUUGCGGAUAAUUUGUAUUUUGAGGAUGUUUGUGAUAGCAGAAAACAGAAAGCAGAUGAAGAAAAUUUUAACCAACUGGUUUGGUGAAUGGAGAAAGUAAAAAAGCUUAAAUA